AUAACUACUUUUAAUUGACCUAAUAUAUGCAAUAUCACAUGAUAUGUACAUACAGGAUAAGUGGGGGAUGGCAACAUGCAUGGAGGACUUCAGUACCUCGCAUCAUGCGGAGUGGUGGAAGAAGCAACGAAACAAUAGCAGCAUUCGUUACUUUCCCUACCAUUUUACACGGUUCGAGGUAUUAAAGGCCUCCAUGCCAUUAAAAAUAGAGUUUAGCUUAGUUUUUAGGCUACGCUAAUUCCACUAUCGUGAGUUUGUGUAAAAAAACCGGCUCAUGGAAACACGCCAUUAUCCUCCCUUACUCUACAGUGGCUCCAUCUCCAUCAUCGAGAAUUUGAAUCUGAAAAACAACUUUCAAGUGUUUCAACCGCUACUUCUGUACGUGCCAAAGUGCGUCGGAACUUACGAGCUCUUUAUUGCUUGUAUUUUGUAAUUUUCGUCUUCUCAAGUGCAUAAAAUGUCUCACUCGUCAAGAAUUAAACGCAUAAAAAAAGAUGCAAUAACACAAACAAGUGAUAUAGAUACUAUAUCAGAAAUAGUACGUUUGCAGGAAUUGGUCAAACAUCUGACAAUAGAAAAUGAAAGAUUAAAAAAGUAUGCUUUUAAUAGUAUGAUGUUGACAGAGAAUCAAACUAAUGUACAGAAUCCUUCCACAUCUGCACAAAAUGUACAAAGGAAAUCUAAUAAACAUGUAUUCUGUGGUUGCAAAUCUAAGAAAAGCUGUUCCACUAAAGCAUGUGGAUGCAUAAAAAAAGGUGUUCCGUGUGGUGAAUUGUGUAAAUGCAAUAGUGUUUCCUGCAAAAAUCUGAGAAACGCAGACCAAAAUAAAGAAAAUGUGGAACACUCUGAUACUACCACAUUCCAUGAAGAUAUCUCUGGUUCAAAGAAUAUUUUUCACAAUUCAACUUCUACAGAAUAUCUUACUGUACCAACAUACUUUAAUAGUUCUGAACAGGUAACAUCUGUUUCAAAUGAUGAAGAAAAAGAAAAAGAAGAUAAAGAUAGUAGAGAUAUACAGAUUAAUGACAAAAUCUGUCAAAGUGGUAUAUCACUAAGAAAAAAUAGGUCUAAGAGAAACAAUUCUAAAAGAGGGAAACAAAAACAGAGUGAUACAGACAUAAAAGAAGAAACAUUGAAUAUGUGCAGUCCUAAUGAAAUACCUGUUUGUAUGGAUGAAGAAUUGAAACAAGUAGAAUUGAAAAUAGAAGAACGAACAAAUGAAAAUUUUGAAAAUAUAGGACAAGGUAUGACAACUCCAAAAUAUAAUCGAAGCAAAGCAGCAGUGAGUUCAGUCAAUGAGAUGAGAAGAAAGAAUAAUACAAAUACUAAUUUAAAGGAAGAAAAUGAUUUUAAUCCUAUGAAACCUACAUACGAAUUACCCAGAACACCGCCUAACACUAAUAGCGACGUGAGUUCGCGCAAUAUCUCGGAAGUAUCAUUACCAACAUCCUUUAUUAUAAUGGAGACUGAAGAAGAACUUCCAUUGCCUGAAGAGUUCAACCUGCCUCAUGUAAAUUGGGAAGAAUAUCACUCGCAGCUUGUAGAGUGUAAUAAGUGUAGUAGAAAGUUUCAUCCAUUCAGAAUCAAGAAGCAUCAGGCCUGCUGUAAAAAAGUCUAAGCUGUAAUUUCGCGGUAAGGCGCUCAGUUCUCCUAACAUUCUCCUAAUAAUGUAAAUUUGUCGAUGCAUUUUUUACCGAUUUUUCAAACAAAGAUCAGUUCAUUUAUAAAGUUUCAAACACUAUUUAUAUGAGAGAUGGCUAACUUUUCAAAUGCCCGUAUUUAUACAUUGUUGGACAGGUUCAAUAAGAAAAUGAAUUUGUUACAACUUUGGCCCAUUCACUGUAAUUAUACAGAUCAGAAUCUACUAUACAAUAUUUUUUAAAUAUCAACUAACAGUAUAAUAGAACUAGCUACCUACAACAAUGUAUAUAUAUAUAUACAUAUGUAUAUAUACAUUAUUUAAUAUCAUUUGUUACAUUUGCAACCAUAGAUUGCAAAUUUAUUAGAUUUCUUUCGUAUAUUUUGUGCAGGCGUGGAUUCUCUGUUAACGACAUAGCGUUCAAAGCAUACUUUUUUUAAACUUUCAUUUUCUAUUAUCAGAUGACUGAUAAAUUCCUGCAAGCAUACUAUUUCUGAUAUAGCAUCUAUAUCACUUGUUUGUGUCUUUGCAUCUUUAUCUAUGCUGAAAGUAAUAAAUAAUUGUUAAAGCUAAAAAUAUCUUUUUUAUUAUGUAUAUAUACAUAUGUGUAUAUAUAUAUAUAUAUAUCUAUGUAUGUAUAAUGAUGAUUGGUAUUUUUCCACGUACACGUACGAAUCCAUACAUACCCGUACUUAACAUUGGUUAUUAGGAUAUUCCACAUAUGAUUUUCUAAAUUCUACUUAUUAUACAUCUUUACGUGAAUUAUACGUUAUAUGUUUUUUUUUUUGGUUUUUUUUUUUUAUAGACUUCUAUAUAUGUACAAUUUGAAGUCGAAUAUGCCUCGUCAGUUUGUCGGAACUACAUAAACUCUAAUACAUGACAUCAUAAAACUAAUAGCGGCCCGCUUUUUCCUAAUGCUUGAGAAAAUACAAUUUUAUGCAUCCUGACAAAACGACUUUUUUUGACAGUCUCUUUGAGAAGUUAUAUACUCAUUAUAGCUAUACACAUAUUACACAACGCAUAUCUAACUGGAGUUCGUAUGAUAGCAGAAUUAAAAGAAUCGAAACAAGUUAAAUCGUAUUAUAAAAUAUUGUUAUAUACACAUAAGAGGAAAGCAAUAUUGUCAAAUACAUAUAGAAAUAAAUUUUAUUUUAUAUCACUUAGUAUGUAUGCAUAUAUUGUAUCAUUCAUACGCAUAUAUUAUCAGUUUGAUAACGCGUAUAAACAAUAUAAUGUACGCACAUAAUAUUAUGCAAGUUUACUCUUUUAAUCCCGCCUUCGAUAUUAUGUAGCGCAAUAAUUGCACAAUUUAAAAUACGUUUUAAUAUUGAACAUUGCCCUCAUUGAUUGUAAUAAAAUGUAAUAAAAUACACAAUAAAUUGUAUAUAAAGAUCUAUUUUAUAAUACAUGUGGUAC